AUGUACAACAAAGGCGACGUGAGGCUGUUUCGUCCGUGGAGCGUGUCUGAGCCUGUGAGCGAACCAGAGGAUUUUGACGCGGAACAUGAUGUAGCAAAAAGAUUUGAAAGAUCUUUCGUCAAUCAGGGAAACACGAAUUUUCGUAACUCGAACUCUGAUUCCAAUGACGAAAUUAUCAGUAUCAAUAACACUGACAGAUCAGCCUCUUCUGUGACUACACACAAUGGUCAUCGGCAACACAAGCGAGCUAGUAGACAGUCUUCCGUUGAAGCUGGAAUAGAAAGAUCGAGAGCCACCAAGGACCAAGAGCCUACCUCAGCGAGGAACAGGGAUUCGGAGUUGUUUCCUCGUUUAGGAGGCUCGUAUCGCUCAAUACCUCCGUCCACUUUGAGUAUUCCUCUUAUCACCGGUUUCGUCGUUGACAACGAUGGCUCCGUUGUCCACUCGACGUAUCAACAGGACUGUCUUUUGGGACUGAACGUUCCGCAAUGUGUCUUUCACUCGUCGAUGAUGGAUCGCGUGUUGAAUCGUGUGGCUAGCACGCCCGGUCAGAGUUCAGUAACGUCGAUGCCGCACAGUUUGUACACACCGAUGGUAAUGGAGCAAGCGGUGGAAAUGCUGCACCGACAAGACGCGGUCGCGAAGCAAUUGAAAAAACAACGGCCGAAGAAGUUCCGGUGCGAGCACUGCGACGUCGCGUUCAGCAAUAACGGGCAGCUGAAGGGACACGUCAGAAUACACACCGGAGAAAGACCGUUCAAGUGUGACUUUGAAGGUUGCGGCAAGACGUUCACGAGGAACGAGGAAUUAACCAGGCACAAAAGGAUUCAUACAGGGAUACGCCCGCACGCGUGUUUCGUUUGUGGGAAACGAUUCGGUAGGAAGGAUCAUUUGAAGAAACACAUGAGGACGCACGAAAACCGAGAUCCUUACAGACUGUCGGCGACCACGCUGGGAAUAUUCGGUCAACAUCCAUUUUCACCUUACAACUUUCAAAUGUGACACAUAUGUACAUGAAAUUUCUAACGACGAAAUCGCGAUCGAUUUUCUAUUUUAUUUUGAAUACAUAGCGACUGAGAUUAUUAUUAUUUUUUUUCUCUUUUUUAAUGAAUAUUGAUCUGAAACUAAAGAUUCGUACGCUAUACAGAGACUAUGUAUAUAAUGAUUAUUAUAUAUUUAUUGCUCUGAUUAUCAAAAUGUCAGAACUCGAUGAUCAUGGCAGUAAAUAUGUAUUGACGUAAAGUAACGUUUGUUAUACUAGUUGUUACAUUAGAUGACAUAUUAGAUAAUAUAUUAGAUAUAGUUAGAUGUUAUAUUAACGUGAAGUAACGAUUGUUGCCUUGAUAGAGUGAUCCUUCGUUGUUUUUGAAGGGUCGUAAGUGUUAGCAAAGGUUUUCCAGAAAAUUUUUCUACCGUAUUUUUGAUACUAUGGCUUUUUAUAUGAGAAUAUAACAAAUAAUAACAAUGACGUAUUGAAUCUAGUCGAAUUUAAAUGCAAUACAAAAUUUUCCACAAAAGAAACUCGAAUUAUUUGUACUAUAUAUUUAAAUGAAUAAAUUGUUAUUCCUACUGUUGACAAUUCU